UAUCUUAUAACUAUUUUAUUUCAAAUGUUAAACAUGCCAGUGUUGACUCUCCCAUUUUGAUAAAAUCAAACCACUUUUUCCAUCCUCCAUGAAGUGUACAUAUACCACCCCUCAAUCUUCAAUUCUUCAUGCUUCUCGCUCCUGAAGCAAGAAACAACUACUCCUCAUCUUUUCUCUCAAACAAUUGAAGCUGGUAUAUAGAAAUAUAGAAUAGAAUAUUUGCUUCCUUCAAAGUCCAAUUUCAAGAUUUUGAUCAAUAUUCAACACUUAAAACCAAGACCGACCAAUGAAUAUGUCUUCUAGCUGCUCCACUUCCGCCGCAGCGACCUCCGCCGACGGUGGCGGAGCCACCACGAUCACCGCUGUCCAUCCGGACAUCAUCCAAACACAUAUCUUGACUAGGCUUGAUGGCCCAACUCUUGCUUCUACAAGCUGUGCUUCUUCAGAUUUACACAGCCUUUGCACGGAGGAAAAUCUUUGGAAGACAAUUUGCAAUUCGAACUGGCCGUCAACAGCCCAUCCAUGCAUUCAGCAAGCAAUAUCGAGCUUUCCUUCCGGCCACCGUUCGUUCUAUUCGGAUUCUUUCCCCAACAUCCACCACCACCACCGGCAGCCGCCGGCCCACCGCCGGCCCAAGUCCAAUGAUAGUCACUCAUCAGAAUUGAUUUCUGCUGUUGACAUUCAUUAUGGAAAUGAGCUUGUUUACUCCAAAGUCGCCGUGACGGAGACGUCCUCCGGCUGGUUCAUGUGUUCACCCUUCAGGGUUGACCUGCUAGACCCCAAAGAGAUAGUUCCGGCACUGGUGAAGUUCGACGGCGAGGACGACAAGUGCAUGGCUAGAGUGGAGGAGAACAUGAGGCUGAGCUGGAUAGUCAUCGACCCCGCGAAAAAACGGGCUGUUAACUUGUCGAGUUUGACUCCGGUGGAUGUCCGGCGCCAUUGGUUAACAGGAGAAAUUCAGGCCUCUUACGCGACGGUGAUGGCUACCGGAGGUUGCGGCGGCCGUGCUGGCAGAGAGUUCGUUAUCUGUAAAGCUGUGGUUACUUGUGGAGGGAAGGAAGGAGGGGACUUGCAAGUGAGGGAGAUAAGCAUGCAGGUGGAGGACUUGGAGGGGAAAAUAAUUAGCGGGGAGGACACUUUGGUAAUUUUACAGGAAGCCAUGGAUGGGAACAGGAGAAAAGGUGAAGCUGGAGAGGAGAAAAGGAUGUAUGAAGUGUUCUUGGAGCUUAGGAGAGAAUGGAGGGAGAGAAGGCAAAACAGAGAAAGGAGGUUGGAUAUGGUGUGCAUAGCCACUGGGAAGUGAAGGCAUGAAGGCAUCAGAGAGGAGGAUCCAAAGGAUUAAAUGGUAAAAUUGAACAAGUUGAUCUGCAUAAGAUAUUUUCAAGUAUACUGGGUACUGACCAUAACCAUUUUGGGGACUCAAAUGGCAGAAAUUCCAGUUUUAAAUUUGAUAUUAAUGUAAUUACAGUUUAAGCACACAUUGGCUUCAGGUAAUUAAAAUUAUUGCACUCUAGGAUAGGAUUGAAGUAAGGCUGAUCACUUGAAACCAUUUUAAA